AUGAUAAAAGGCAAUAGAAACUUAUUGUUUAUAUAUUCAAAUAAAAAUUAUACAACAAUAAAUAAAAAUAUAAAAUUUAAACCACAAAACUCUAAUUUUUCAUUACAAACACCACAACAAUUACAUAAUAAUUUUUCAAAAAAUUUAUUGUUUAAUAGUUUUCUAAAUAAUAAUAAAAACAACAGUUAUAAUAUUGGUAGUGUUAAUAAUAUUAAUAAUACUAAUAAAACCUUCUCCAAAAAAUUUUAUUGUACACAAUCAUCAAGUAAUAAUAAUGAUAAAAGUAAUAAAUUAAUUUUAAAAAAGUUUUUUUUAAAAGUUCACCCAGAUAUAUUUUAUCAAUUUCCCAAAAUAAAAAAUAAUAACGAUGAAUCAUUAAGGCUUUUUUUGGGGUUCUUAGGAGAAGUCAAAUCUGAAAAGAUUUUAAAAAAAGAAUAUAAUCUUAAAUUUUAUUACCAAGAUGAAAAUUUAUAUGCGAAUGAAGACGAGGUACCAUCAGUAUCAGUACAAUUCGAUGUCGAAAGAUCAGCCUCAUCAGAUUCAUUCGAGAAUCUAGUUUAUUUACUCCGUGAUGCUCAAAUUCAAAUAAAAUCAUUAUUUAAACAAAUGGGAAUAAAAGAAGAGUUUAUAUUGCAUCAUUUAAUCACUGAAAGCGCAAAUGGUAUCGAAGAGGAAAGUUUAUUGGAUUUUAUCAAAAACAUUUCAUUUGUUGCUCGAGAACAACAAAACUCAUUUACUGAACAGGAAAGAGAAAUUGAUUUGAUGUACACUUAUUUUUACAUGGAGCAUAAAGUUAGAGUAUUGUUUCAAGAUCACGACUUCCCGCUCAAAAAUAGAAAGGAUCAUUUAAAGAAAUUAGAAAAAAUUUUAAAUAAAAUAGCGCCAAGAAAAGAAUCGAAUCACAAUGUAAUUCAGGAAAUAUUUGAUAAAUCAAAUUAUAGUCGAAAUGAAAAUCAAAUGUAUACUUCUUAUAGAUCAAAUUUUAAUAAUAAUCAACAUCAUAACCAAAAUAACAAUCAGUCCAACGAUGAGGACUUGAAUGAUACCAAUAAUAGUGGUGGCUUUGGUAGUAGGGUCAGUAACCAGCAACAAUUGUUUUCAGAGUUUGGUGUAUUUGGUGGAAAGAAUAAGGCUAAUUUUGCAGGAUGGGAACAUAUUAAAUCUGGUUAUAUUACACCAGAAUCAAAUCCGAAAUCAGACGAAUGUAAUUUACGUGACAGGUUAGAAGGGGUCUCUAUAGUAUUUUCAAAAAGCUUAAAUAGUGGUGUAGAUUCAGAGGGUAGAUUGAUAUUAAACUCUAACAAAAAACCAUCAGAAUGGAGCAAAACUUUAAAAACAUUUAAACCUUCCCAAAUUGUUACAAAUAUACAAAAAUGUAAGCAAAGAAAGUCUCAAGAAAAAGAGCUUUCAAAGGCUUUAAAGAUAGGAUCUCUUUAUACAGACUACGAUUACCAAAAUUCCCAAGCAUAUUUAGAGUUUUUAGAUAAAUUAUUCACUCAGUUUAAACAGUUCCUUAUGGAAAAUAACGGUUUUAACAGUGCAACCAACUCAUUAGACGAAGUUAAUAUUAAGGUUAUUAAAGAAGAACAAAGCAAUACAAUCGAGCCAUGGAAAUUUAAUUCAAAACUUGCAGGAAUAUAUAUACCAUUAACAUCAAAUUAUAAAGAAAUUUCAGAUUUUUUACAAUCUAAUCAUGCUCAAAUAAAAAAGGAAAUGGAGCGUCAUAGAAUCAAUAUGAGAAAUUUAGCACAAUUGGAAUUAAUUGUUAAAAGACAAUUCAGAUUAGCAAGAUUGAAAAAGAUAGAUGAUACAAUUGGUAUGAAUGAAAUGGUAAUUUGCCUAAAGAGAUUAAUAAUCAAUAAUACACCAUUCUUACCAUACCUUUAUGGUAUGAAGUUAAUAGUUGGUUACGAAAAUAAAAUUAAUUUUGAUGGUUCAAUCAUUAUUAAAUGGGAUUUCGAUGUAUAA